UUCCCCCACCGAAUCGACGAUAGAGUCGCAUCUUGUCCUUCUUUUCUCGUCGUGUCAUUCAUCCGCAAACCGCUUCUGAGAUUCACCAUCCGUCGCCAUGCUUUUCAAGCCGCUUGUCCUGGCGGCUGCGGCUGCCGCCUUCGUCAUCGUUCCCGAGAUAUCCGAGAAGGACGAGAGCAUCUUCAAGACGCUGCCCGUCGAUCCAGAGACGUUCCAGCUGCCCGCCGAGGCGCUGGGCCAGAGCCUCGACGUCCCCUGCAGACAGUGUCGAGGCCGAGACACUCACCUCAAGCUGGACUUUGCCGUCGAGGAUGGAUCGAGACUGAUGGUCAACGGCUUCGAGCUGUAUCCCCAUGCCGACCCGUGGCGUGAUGAUUUGGUCGCCGAGGUGGUGCGAGCCAGCGGCGCCGCCAACGAGCGCACUCUGGGCUACAGCCUCGCCGUCCUGCCCAGGGCCAAGGACGAGCAGCAGCAGCUUGAGUUGGUGGACGUCAAGUUGAGGAUUAUCGAGGUUGGCCACCGGUUUAUCGACGACAUCCCCACGGUCAAGAUUGGCUUGAUCAAGGCCACGACUGGCGAGAUUGUCAUCUCCGACAUGCAGAUCAUGGCCGUGCCCGAGAUGCCCUGCCACUCCAUGUGGUGCCGCGCCAAGGCUGCCAUGAAGGGAUUCGGCGGCUGCCACAAGAAGAUGAACAAUGGCCCUCACCACGAACCCCCCAUGGCUCCCAAGGAGGGCCACCACCACCCUCAUCACCCUCAUCAUCACGAGCGACCUCACCACGCCCCCGAGGAGGAGUGGAACUCUCAGCGCGACUGGCGCCGUCUUGUCACCAGCGUCGCCUCUCACAUUGUCCUGCCCGUCUUGAUGGGCAUCACUGCCGGUGUCGGCGUUGCAUUCCUUGCCAUGUUCAUGUGCAGCGUUGUGUACCGUCUGAGCAUGUUUGUCCGUGGUGCUUCCCCGCGUCGCUCGUGGUGCCCUCACCACCGACGCAACGCCACGCGAUUCCUGUCUACUGAAGAGGAGAAGAGGGGCUUGAUGGAGGCCAAGGAGGCUCAGGAAACCACUCCGGCUCCGUCUUCCCAAGAGGAGGCAGUCAGCAAAUAAAGGAGGGAAGAUGAUGUGGAUGUGAUUGAUAUUUUUUUUCAUUGCGUUAUUCUUAUACCUGUGAUGGAAUUGCUGGACGACGAAUAGGUAGGUGGCCAUGUACCACCAUUAUCAGCUUUUGAUGCAAAACGAAACCAGAGAAACCAAGAGAUUGGUAUAUUUUUUCCUAUGUGUUCACUGAAGAGAAGAUGAGCAGAGCUAUGGCACGGCCAGAAGAGGGAGAAGAGCAUAAGGCCAUAUUGUACAACUAUCUGACGGACAAUUCUGAUGUCGAGGGGCGUUUAAUACCAAGGGAAUAAGCAGAUGCCGUGGCAUCUUUCUUUCAUUAGUUUGACAAUGCAAUUUUUCCUUUUGUUCAC